UCUGUAUACGCGGAGAGGCUUGUCAGUAUAACUAUUACGCCAGUAUAAUUUCUAAGUUUCGCAACAAAACUACACAGCGCUGAAGCUGUUUUUCUACUAUAGAAUCGAAGAAAAUGUUUCGAUACAACGCCCUAAACCGUGAUGAGGUAAAACGCUUCGAGACACCAUACAGCGAAAACUUUAUGGAAGUACACUUGGAAGACACUGCGGUAAAUCCUACGGGGGAUUCGUCUUGGAAACCGGUCCACUGCAUAAUGCCCUCCAGGUAUCGUCUGUAUGCGGAUCGUAUCCGAAAUCUAACCGUGUACGAAGACGAUGUAUGGAUUGUAACCUUCCCUAAGGCAGGCACAACGUGGACUCAAGAAAUGGUGUGGCUAAUCGAUCAUGACUUGGAUUAUGCUACGGCUUCGGCCGUCAAUCUGAAUGAAAGAUCUGUCUUUCUAGAGGUUUGUGCCUUUAUUUCCAACAUAGAAAAACCGGAUACAAUAGGAAAGGUCGAAAAAAUGCCCAGACCUCGACACAUUAAAAGUCACCUACCUUUGGCCCUACUUCCCAAACAACUUUGGACUGUUAAGCCGAAAAUCGUCUACACCGCUAGGAACCCAAAAGAUGUCACUACUUCAUUCAUGCACCAUUACAGACACCUUCAAGGUUUCCAGGGCUCGCAAGAAGACUUUCUUGAUGGGAUUUUAGCGGAUAAAAUUAUGUACUGUCCCCAAAUCAAGCACGCCACUGAAUUUUGGUCGAUAUCACACCUAGAUCAUUUACUGUUCUUGCAUUACGAAGACAUGAAAAGGCAUUUGCCAGAAGUUCUUCAAAAGGUUUGCCGCUUUUUCGGAAAAUCCUACAUUAAACCACAACUGGAUGGCUUAGAAAAGCAUUUGAUGUUUGACACAAUGAAAGAUAACAAUGCUGCAAAUAAUCGGGCACUGGUCGCUCAAGUGCAAUCUGGCAUGGGAAUUUCCACAGAUUUCAAAUUCAUGCGGAAGGGCCAAGUUGGAUCAUACAAAGAUGAGCUUCCAGAAGAGUUCGUCACCAAACUCGAAGAGUUUACUCAGUAUCAGUUGCUUGGAUCACAAUUUCUAUACAAGAUAUAGAAUAAUCAGUUUUACCCAGUGCUGUUAAAUGUCUUGAAUUACACGUGCCUUUGAUAAUUAAACUUUUUUAAUAUCCUG